UCGAUUGAUUGAAAAGUUUAUUUAGGUUCUCUUAUGCUGUGUAUAAGAGAGGUCCGCCUCUGGUGGGUGGGUAAUUCUUGAAAGGGUAAAAGAGAAACAGGGAGAAUAGAGCAGAGAUAGUGCAGUUUGUUAGCGCUUCUAGUAAAUGCAGAAUAUAUUUAUGUAGUUAUAGUUUCCCAGCUUUUCCUCUGGUGGUGUUGCCUUGGAGAUGUUAGAAAAAAAGGAAAAUGGAGGGGAGUUACGUAAAUGGAGGUGUGAAAACUGUUACUAGGCUCUCUGCCUUAGUUUCCAGCAAAUAGAUGGAGGAUAACCUGUUGAGGCAGCCUGGAUUUUAAAAGCACGGGCACUAACUGAAAUGGUGUACAUAGAUGAAAUUGAUGUCCAUCAGGAAGGAAUUGCAGAAAUGGUACUGGACGAAAAUGCUAUUGCUCAGGUUCCACGUCCUGGAACAUCUUUGAAACUCCCUGGAACUAAUCAGACAGGAGGGCCUAGUCCAGCUGUCAGGCCCAUCACUCAAGCUGGAAGACCCAUCACAGGUUUCCUUAGACCUAGCACACAAAGUGGAAGGCCAGGGACGAUGGAACAGGCCAUCAGGACACCCAGAACUGCCUACACAGCCCGCCCUAUCACCAGCUCAUCUGGAAGAUUUGUCAGGCUGGGAACGGCUUCCAUGCUUACCAGUCCUGAUGGACCUUUUAUAAAUUUAUCUAGGCUGAAUUUAGCAAAAUAUGCCCAGAAACCCAAAUUGGCAAAGGCUUUGUUUGAGUAUAUCUUUCAUCAUGAAAAUGAUGUUAAGACUGCUUUGGAUUUGGCUGCCCUUUCCACAGAGCAUUCUCAGUACAAGGACUGGUGGUGGAAAGUGCAGAUUGGAAAAUGUUACUACAGGUUAGGAAUGUAUCGUGAAGCAGAAAAACAAUUUAAAUCAGCCCUGAAGCAACAGGAAAUGGUAGAUACAUUUCUCUACUUGGCAAAAGUUUACAUCUCAUUGGAUCAACCUGUGACUGCUUUAAAUCUUUUCAAACAAGGCUUAGAUAAGUUUCCAGGAGAAGUAACCCUACUGUGUGGAAUUGCCAGGAUCUAUGAGGAAAUGAAUAAUAUUCCAUCAGCCACUGAAUACUACAAAGAGGUUUUGAAACAGGACAAUACUCACGUGGAAGCCAUUGCAUGCAUUGGAAGCAACCACUUUUACUCUGAUCAACCAGAAGUAGCCCUCCGGUUUUACAGGCGACUCCUGCAGAUGGGUGUUUAUAACUGCCAGCUUUUUAACAAUCUGGGGCUCUGUUGCUUCUAUGCCCAGCAGUAUGAUAUGACUCUGACCUCCUUCGAACGUGCCCUUUCUCUGGCUGAAAACGAAGAGGAGGUAGCUGACGUCUGGUACAACUUGGGACAUGUGGCUGUGGGCAUAGGAGAUACGAACCUGGCCCAUCAGUGCUUCAGGCUGGCUCUGGUUAACAACAACCACCACGCCGAGGCCUACAACAACCUGGCCGUGCUGGAAAUGCGCAAGGGCCACGUGGACCAGGCAAGAGCACUGUUACAAACUGCAUCAUCUUUAGCACCCCACAUGUACGAGCCGCAUUUUAAUUUUGCAACAAUUUCUGAUAAGAUUGGAGAUCUCCAGAGAAGCUAUGUUGCUGCUCAGAAGUCUGAAGCAGCAUUUCCAGAUCAUGUGGAUACGCAACACUUAAUUAAGCAGUUAAAGCGGCAUUUUGCUAUGCUCUGAUUUUUCCUUAGACCAACCUAUUCUUAUGGAGGGGCAUUAUACAAGGGACAAGUAGUAUGCGUAUAUGUAUGUGUGUGUUAUAAACCUGUGCUUGAUCUCAGCGAAGGUGACAUAAGGGAAUUUAAAGCAGAACAUCUAAUGAAAAUUUUCUAAUAACAACCUUAUAAGAUACUGUUAUAAAAGACAGAAUUUAAGCAUUUGUAAGCAGAUUGUGAAACCUCCCACAUUCUAUGGUAGAUGUUCAUUUAUAACCUUUACAAAACAUUUUCAUGAAUUUCCUCAAAUUUUUAUAAACGCACAUUUUUAAUGUCCUUUAGCCUGCCCAUUAGCUAUCAUGCAGCUUAAGAGGUCUGAUACCUGCCUUUAAAAUUGCACUUUUAUGGCUAAAAGUGUAUCCUUAUCCUAGAUACAGACUUUAGAUUAAAAAUUGUAUUUAAAACUAUUUUCUACCAAAUGCUUGGUGAGACACUACAUUUUCUUAUAUAUUAUGCUUUAAAA